AUGGCUAUAACAGAUUCGUCAGAUACGCCGAUCCAGAAUAUUUCGAAUGACGACAAAGCAAUAACACCUUGUGCCCAGAGAACGUUAGAAGAGCCGUAUUCGAUCUUCACAACUGGCGAGAAGAGAUGGAUUAGCUAUGUUGCUUCCUUCGGGGCCAUGUUCUCCACCUUGAGCAGUUACAUCUACUUUCCAGCUUUAGUCCCUAUGGCCAUUAAUCUUAACGUCUCCGUUGCGCUCAUCAAUCUCACCGUCACCUCAUACCUGAUCAUAGCGGGUAUCGCACCAGCCUUCAUGGGCGACAUCGCCGAUCAAGGCGGUCGGAGGCCCGCAUACAUCCUCAUGUUCACUCUCGUCGUUGCGUCAAAUAUUGGAUUGGCGCUGCAGAAUUCGUACCCUGCUCUACUCAUCUUACGUAUGGUACAAAGCGCUGGAGCAUCUGGUUCAUACGGCGCAGCAUAUGGGAUUGUUGCAGACAUAACAACGGUCGCUGAGCGCGGCUCCUACGUAGGGUCUAUGCUCGUUUUUACCAACGCUGCUCCAAGUUUUGGUCCGGUCAUCGCCGGGCUACUCACGGAGAAGCUCAAUUGGAGAUGGAUAUUCUGGUUUCUGGUCAUAUUGACUGGCACUUACCUGCUCAUCAUCAUCAUUAUACUUCCGGAGACACAACGUCGAAUCGUAGGGAAUGGAAGUUUGAAUGCCCACAGAAUUCAUAGAAGUCUGUUUGACUCUCUCACCCGGGACCGAAAGAUCGACUCGGUGGGGCAAGAUCAAGGACUGCAGGACGGCAAGCGGCGAUACCACAUCCCCAACCCUUUCAACUGCAUUGCGAUGUUGUUUUCCAAAGGCAACUUCAGCGUUAUCCUGAUUGGUUCUAUAACCUAUGCUGUCAAGAUGACAUUGCAAAGCUCACUGUCAGCUCAGUGCAUUGAUGUCUACAGGUUGAAUUAUCUAGAAGCAGGACUCAUUUACCUACCUUCAGGGGUAGGAGGUGCUAUAGCGUCAUAUACGACAGGUAAACUUCUAGACAAGAACAUCCAGAGGGUAUCCGUCAGGCAAGGAAGACACAGCCGAUAUCGUCGAGGUGAUGACAUAUCGGACUUUCCAAUCGAAGAGGCACGGCUUGCCGGGAUCUACAUGCUAGUUGCUCUAAGCUCAGUUACCACCGCAGGCUACGGAGUGAGUCUCAUGCAAGAAUCGAUUUGCGGCACCCUUCUGACGGAUUUGAACCCCAAAGCAUCAGCAACAGUUCAGGCGUCGUACAAUCUUGUACGUUGCAUUGGAGCGGGCGCUGCCAUCGCGGCUCAGCAACCCUUGACAAACGCCACGGGCUUGGGCUGGAGCUUUGGCAUAUUUUCACUAAUCAUGUUGUUCGCAGCCCCGUUGGCCAUGUUGCUCAAGAAAAAUGGUCUCGAAUGGAGGGUAUCAACAAAAACCUGA